GUGAUUGUGUUUACGCGAUGGUCGGUUCAAUUUCAGCAAAAUUAGCGGGGCUCGUCUGAAUUUUUUUUUUUUACACCAUCACGCUUAAAAGGAGAUCCAUCAUGUCUAUGUCUCACCUGUACGGGCGAACGGGCGAUGGAAAUGACGAUGGAGUGGAAAUUGAGAAUUUCGAGGUAACGGAUUGGGAUUUGGCGAAUGAGUUCAACCCCGACCGCCGCCGGCACCGACAGACCAAGGAGGAGGCGACCUAUGGGAUAUGGGCCGAACACGACUCGGACGACGAGAGACCCAGCUUCGGGGGAAAGAGGGCCAAGGAUUACACGGCACCGGUCAAUUUCGUGAGUGCAGGUCUGCGCAAAACUGCGGCAGAGGAGAGACAACAGCAGCGGGGGUCCGAUGAUUCGGAGACAGAGGGUGACGGUCUCCCACCCCCGCCUCGCGAGGCUGCUCCCAAGAAGUUGCAGACGGGUGGGAACUUCAAGAGUUCCCAGAAGACUUUUGCUGGUGGCAUCAGGCCAGGACAAGAUCUGGGGCACUGGGAGAAGCACACCCGUGGGAUUGGCCAGAAGCUGUUGCAGAAGAUGGGCUACAUGCCGGGGAAAGGCCUGGGCAAGAAUGCUCAGGGUAUUGUGAAUCCAAUUGAGGCCAAGGUGCGGAAAGGGAAGGGGGCAGUUGGUGCAUACGGCAAUGAGAGGACUCAGCAGUCUCUGCAGGAUUUCCCAGUGGUCGACUCGGAGGAGGAGGAAGAGAAGGAGUUCCAGCGUGAGCUGGGCCAGUGGCGCAGAGAGCCAGGCGCAGGGAAGAAGAAGCCAAAAUAUUCCUACAAGACAGUGGAAGAGCUAAAGGCCCGCGGCAAGCUGGCAGGCAGGAGCAUGACAACCCCAGCUGGAGAACUGCCCCAAGUCAAGGUGAUCGACAUGACCGGGCGAGAGCAGAAGGUUUACUAUAGCUACAGCCAGAUAAGCAAGAAGCACAGCGUGCCGGAGGAGGUGCCGAUGAGCGUGUCCACCCGUGACCAGAAGCCCUCCGGCUUUGCGCUGCCCGAGUUGGAGCACAACCUGCAGCUGCUGAUUGAUCUGACAGAGCAAGACAUCCUGCAGAGCGCUCGGAGGCUGCAGCACGAGCGUGACAUGGUGGUGACCUUGUCGCACGAGAGCACGGCCCUGCAGCAGCGGAUGGCGGAGGAGCAGGAGGCGCUGAGGCGCCUGGAGGGGGUGAUGGAGCUGGUGGAGCGCUUUGAGGCGGCGGAGUCAGCGGGAGGGGAGAGCCAGGACGGGCCUCCCCUGACGCUGCAGGAAUGCGCGCACAUCUUCGAGACGCUGCAGAACGACUUCUACCAGGAGUACAAGGUGCUGGGUUUGGGCGACCUCGCCGUGGCAGUGGUCCACCCCCUCCUGAGGGAAAAGCUGCGGGGCUGGGACCCCCUAAAGGACAGCACACAGAAACUGGAGGAGGUGGGACAGUGGCGAGCAAUUCUAGAGUCAGGGCAGUCCCACCACAGCAACCCUGACAGCUCCCAAAUGGACCCAUACCACAGGCUGCUGUGGGAGGUGUGGGUGCCUGUGAUGAGGAGCACAGUGUCCCAAUGGCAGCCCAGGAAUGUGGGCCCCAUGGUGGACUGCGUGGAGAGCUGGGCCCCGCUGCUGCCCCUCUGGAUCCUGGACCACCUGCUGGAGCAGCUCAUUUUCCCCAGACUGCAGAGAGAGGUGGAGAACUGGAACCCCCUGACGGACACGGUGCCCAUUCACUCCUGGCUGCACCCCUGGCUGCCGCUGCUGCAGGGCCGGCUGGAGCCCCUGUACCCUCCCAUCCGCUCCAAGCUGGCCCACGCCCUGCAGCGCUGGCACCCCAGUGACGGCUCUGCCCGCCUCAUCCUGCAGCCGUGGAAGGAGGUCUUCACACCGGGAGCAUGGGAGGCCUUCAUGGUCAAGAACAUUGUUCCCAAGCUGGCCCUGUGCCUGGGAGAGCUAGUAGUCAACCCUCAUCAGCAGCACAUGGACCCCUUCCACUGGGUCAUGGACUGGGAGGGCAUGCUGUCUAUGUCCAGUUUGGUUGGGCUUCUGGACAAGAACUUCUUCCCCAAGUGGUUACAGGUGCUGUGCUCCUGGCUCAGCAACAGCCCGAACUAUGAGGAGAUCACCAAAUGGUACCUGGGCUGGAAGUCCAUGUUCUCUGACAUGGUGCUGGCCCAGCCACUGGUCAAAGAGAAGUUCAACGAGGCGCUGGACAUCAUGAACCGUGCGGUGUCCUCAGGAAUUGGUGGGUACCUUCAGCCUGGCGCUCGAGAAAACAUUGCGUACCUGACGCACACGGAACGGCGCAAAGACUUCCAGUACGAGGCCCUGCAGGAGCGGCGUGAGGCGGAGAGCGUGGCCCAGCGGGCCAUUGGGGCGGCCGGCGUGCCCACCAACUUCAAAGACCUGAUCCAGGCCAAGGCGGAGGAGAACAACAUCGUCUUCAUGCCCCUGGUGGCCAAGAGGCACGAGGGGAAGCAGCUGUACACCUUCGGCCGCAUCGUCAUCUACAUUGACCGCGGCGUGGUGUUUGUGCAGGGGGAGAAGACCUGGGUUCCCACCUCACUCCAGAGCCUCAUCGACAUGGCCAAGUGAGGUCUCAAAACACACAGGAACUGGAACACACAUAUUUUUUUAUUAUCGUUUCUGACUCUUUUUGUGCUUCCUUCUGGGAAACAUAGUUUAAGAGCCCUGCAUGGAAAAUCUAUUUGAUGUGUUUUAUGACGGGUGUGAAUCUGCAAUACAAAUCGCUUAAAAAGUGGGGAGAUAAGGAAUUGCAGGUGGAAAAAGUUCAAAUUCAAAUGCAUUAGGAAUGAACUAUGUUUCUCAAUAAAUGUGUGCUUGUUUUGGAGACCCUGUUAUAUUUCAUAAGUUGAAAGUAGUUAAGAUGUGGUGUAGAACAAGCACAGAUUUAUGCAUUUGUCUAAAGUUCUAAUAUGACAAGAUUUUCACAUGAGUAUUUUUUGUGGGAGUAGAAUAAAAUAAUGUUUGUGUCUGUUUGUUAGAGGAGAACAGACUGGAAAUAUACUCCUGUAAACUGUGAUUGUGUAAAUAACAGGAUUUUUGACGAGCUCAUCAUUCAGAUUGACUCUUCUAAGCAGUGAAUAUGUUUUCCCUGAAGGCUCAGCACUCGUUUGACCACUUUGCUAAUACACAGUGGAACUAGCAACAGCAAGUUUUUGUAACUUUGUGUAAACAAUUUGAAUUUGUAUUGUUUUGGUGGGUCUGGUCACUGGUCAUUUUAACCUAUCAAUGGUUGCAGAAAGGCUUU